GAAGUAGGUGAGAAGCACUAGGAGGGGAGAGACACAGACGGAGGUAAGAGAAAGUGAAAGUGGGGGAAAGGGAAGAGAGGCGGGUGGAGGCUUGUGCGGCCGAUCUGAGGUCAGGUGGAGGUUUGCGAGGCCCGGGCGAGCGCGGGGAGGACGAGCGGUCAGACGGGACAGCUGACCGAGGCCUGAGACGCUGUCCCACCACCACCCCUCCAUCAUCUGUCCCCCGCACCGUCACCACACUGGGAGAACUGGGAGAGCUGGUGACGAGGAGACGCCACCAUGAGCGACCAGAACGUCGUCAAGGAAGGCUGGGUCCAGAAAAGAGGAGAGUACAUCAAGAACUGGCGGCCACGCUACUUUCUGCUGAAGACAGACGGCUCUUUCAUCGGCUACAAGGACAAACCGCAGGACUCUGACCUGGCCUAUCCGCUCAACAACUUCUCUGUAGCAAAAUGUCAGCUGAUGAAGACGGAGCGGCCCAAACCGAACACCUUCAUCAUCCGCUGCCUGCAGUGGACCACCGUCAUCGAGAGGACUUUUCAUGUGGACACUCCUGAUGAGAGGGACGAGUGGGCCGAAGCCAUCCAGAUGGUCGCCGAGUCUCUGGCUAAGCAGGAGGAGGAGGGCAUCCUGUGCAGCCCCACCUCCCAGAUCGAGAACGUCAACGAGGAGGAGAUGGACACCUCCAUCAGCCACUACAAACGGAAGACAAUGAAUGACUUUGACUAUCUAAAGCUUCUGGGCAAAGGCACUUUCGGGAAAGUCAUUCUGGUGAGGGAGAAGGCGAGCGGCACCUACUACGCCAUGAAGAUCCUCAAGAAAGAAGUCAUAAUAGCCAAGGACGAAGUCGCUCACACGCUCACAGAAAGUAGGGUAUUAAAAAACACUCGGCAUCCGUUCCUAACUUCUCUGAAGUACUCGUUCCAGACUAAAGAUCGGCUGUGCUUCGUGAUGGAGUACGUCAACGGAGGAGAGCUGUUUUUUCACUUGUCGAGAGAAAGAGUGUUUUCAGAGGACCGCACCCGUUUCUACGGCGCCGAGAUCGUCUCCGCUUUAGACUACCUACAUUCUGCCAAGAUCGUCUACCGCGACCUGAAGCUGGAGAACCUCAUGUUGGACAAAGACGGCCACAUAAAGAUCACGGACUUCGGCCUCUGCAAAGAAGGGAUCACAGACACUGCCACCAUGAAGACCUUCUGCGGGACACCGGAGUACCUGGCUCCUGAGGUGCUGGAGGACAACGACUACGGGCGGGCGGUGGACUGGUGGGGUUUGGGCGUGGUGACGUACGAGAUGAUGUGCGGCCGCCUGCCGUUCUACAACCAGGACCACGAGAAGCUGUUCGAGCUCAUCCUCAUGGAGGAGAUCAAGUUCCCGCGAACCCUGUCGGCCGACGCCAAGUCGCUGCUGUCCGGGCUGCUCAUCAAGGACCCCAACAAACGGCUGGGCGGAGGACCGGAUGAUGCUAAGGAGAUCAUGCGGCACAGUUUCUUCGGCACAGUCGACUGGCAGGACGUCUACGACAAGAAGCUGGUCCCGCCCUUCCAGCCCCAGGUCUCCUCGGAGACGGACACGCGCUACUUCGACGAGGAGUUCACAGCACAGACCAUCACCAUCACUCCGCCGGAGAAAUACGACGAGGACGGGAUGGACGCGGCGGACAACGAGCGAAGGCCUCAUUUCCCUCAGUUCUCCUACUCAGCCAGCGGGCGGGAGUGAGCCCGGCCCGGCCCGGCCCGGCCCGGCCCGACAGCAUCGCCCCCAUCCGUGGCCAUCUUGAGGAAAACACGUAGCCAUUCUAGGAAGAAAAGAAAAAAAAAUAUACCAGUCUCCCCUCUUUUUCUCCUUCGCUGCCUCCUCGCAGACGGGGAGAAGUCUUUUUAGGGACUUUAAAGAGGUUUUUGCACAGUGGGAUAGACUUCAGCUCGUCUCCCCACACUAAAAAAAAACAAAAACAAAAAAAAAAUAAGUCUCCUACAUUUUCAGCGCUAUUUACUGCAGAAGGCAAUGUUUUUGUUAUUUAUUUUUUUUUUCUCCUCGUCAGUAUUAAGUUAAGUCGACCCGGGUUGCGUUCAUCUUUGUCAUUUCUGCCCUUCUUCUUCUUCUUCUUCUCCUUCCUCUUCUUCUUCUUCUUCUUCUUCUUCUUUUGACUUUUUUGCACUUGGUUUGGAAGAGCCGUUUUAGGGAACAAAAGACCAAAAAUGUUGCCUUACGUGUGCAGGUGUUUCGUAUCAUACCGACAGGGUGUUUCUGUUGUUGUUUCUGGGGAGAGAGGGAGGGUGGGUGGGUCGUGAAGGGUCAUUCAUAGUUGAGAAUAAGUGCAUGGCUCGUGGUUCACUCAUUUAAAAAAAAAAAAAAGAAAGAAAAAAUACAAAAAACAAAAAGACAAAACAAAAAACAAAACAAACUACAACUACCCUUUCCUCAUACAUUUGCCAUGGCAGCGCACAUUCCCCCAAACCCCAUGGCAAUGAGAUGAAAUACAGUCUACAGGUUUAAAAAAAAAAAAAAAAAAAGAAUGGACGAGUUCAUCGUUUAUUUUUUUUUAACCCAUUCGCUUCUUAUUCCUCCUCCUCCUCUUCUUCUUCUUCAUUUUAUUUUUUGGUUUUGAAACAGUAAACUGCCAGAAACUGCACAGUUCACUCAGGCGCCACAGAGCACAACCGCGUUCAAACUCAAACUAACUGCACCACAGCAGGUGGUGGUGGUGGUGGUGGUGGGCGAGGGGGGCGGGACGAGGCCUUCCUCCGCCCCCCCCCCCCCCCCCCCCCCCCCCCUUCCUCACCCCUCCUCCUCCUCCUCCUCGUCUCCUCUGUUUCCUCAUCGUAGCUGUAGGACUAGUGGGAUGGAUGUUUACACAGGGAAACGUGACUUAAUGUAUGGAUGUAUGUGCUGUAUGUAUGUGGGACAUUAGGGGGGUGGGUGAGAUUUUUCGGGGGGGGGGGAUCUUUAUGCUGUCAUAGCACACACAAACACACACAGACACACACAUUUACACAUUUACGCUCCUCACACAGUGAGGAUCAGACUGAAGUUUCAGGCUUCAAACUUACGGAAGAGUAAACCACCCAUGAGGAAAAAAAAUUACAGG